GGCCGCUCGUGCAAUUGAUUCGAACGUUGGUAUACGAUUGCACGGGCUGCGUCGUAGUUACGAUUUCUCUGGAACUCUAUUCGCAGGGUUCCGUGUGGCGGAGCGGCGUGUUCGAAGGACUCGAGAGAAACGGAUUUCCUACAGGUAAGAAGCGGGAAAGGAGCAGCCGGAGGAAAAAGGAGACGUUAAAACGCUGCAGAACGCAGAUAUGAAGCUGGGAAUCGUCGUUGCGAUAGUUGUCGGCGUGGCAAUGUUGCACAGCGGCACGAACGGCCAAGCUAUAUUCGGACCGAAUUGGCUGGACGGCCUGACCAAAAGUCUCGGCGACUUGAACAAAAACAUUCAGGAGAGCGUGCGGCGCCAGAAUCAAGAGAUCACAGAGUCGCUGAAUCGCGCACUGGGGCAGAGUCUGAAAGAGGCGGAUCGCGCGAUCGAAAAUGCGGUCGCGAAUGGCAGUAUCGUCAGUGCCAACGGUAACAAUAUCGUCAUCGCGUCGAACGGCGUAUCGCAGAUCCUUAUAUCGGGCCAAACUCCGAACGGAAUCCCAUACGUUCGCACGAUCAUGGAAAGCGUCCAGGACGGCGUGUUGCGACACGUCGAGGACAUCUACUACCCCAAGACGAACCAAACGCAGACGAUCGCGUGGACCCUGGAUCUGAACGUUCCCGGAGCCAAGCCCGUGCCCAUUGUCGACGAUAAGGCGUAAUUCUAAUUGCUACUGCGUAAGCAGGUCCUGUCCACGAUUACUGUUAAAUAACCUUCAAAUAAAGCAAGCUUCGUAAACGAAA